UUUGUUUCACAGGUGGCAUUGAUUGUAUCCUCCGACGUUAAGAUCAGCUCCAACGAAAAACUCCCGCAUUUUAUUUACAAAGUUCCAUAUGAACCCGACUUUUCGGAAGAGCUGCUUGUCAAACCAGCAAUUGACGGAAAUCAGCUAAAGGGGAUGUGGGCUUUGGCCCAAGUAGAGAAAGUUAUGUGUGAAUGCCUUUUGAAUGACACUAAGCUGCUACAAGAACUGAAGGACUUUGACUUGCUAGUUUAUGAAGGAGCAGCUCUCUGUGCUGUUUUGCUAGGUGAACAUCUCGAGAUUCCAAGGGUGGUUAUCGCCCCUGGUCCGCCAAAUGUCGCUUUUGCUCCCUUUCAUAUGAUUCCGACCCCUGUGUCAUACGUUCCUCAACAGCUGACUGGGUUCUCGUGUAACAUGACAUUUAUAGAACGUGUUAUAAACCUUGGAGUUUAUUUUGCUGGACAGCUUCUCUUGAAAGUGAUGUUUGCACAAUCCGUGAUUCCUCUGAAGACCAAGUUUCAUAUCAAACCAGAGAUCAGCUACGAGGAAGCAGUGACGAAUGUCGAGCUUGUCAUAAUACUGGCAGAUUUUGCUCUAGAAUUUCCACAACCUCUCUUGCCAGGUAUAGGUAUAAAGAUCUGGAACGUAACAAAUUUAUGUAGAAUUGUCAUUUGGCAAUCAACGCUAUGUUCACUUUAUACCGAAUAGGUUUUCGUAGCCUACGUGUAGCCGCACCCUCCCCCGACAAAAGUCCUCUCUCUCCCUCUCUCCGUUUUUUCUUUGUCGGGGGGAGGAUGCUGUUACACGUAGGCUAAGCUUUUCGUGGCGCUAAGAAAAACUAUCCGGUACGGUAUGAACGGCAGUAGCCCUUGAUGCACUAAACUGAUUCCGGUCGGCACUCCUGCUUACAGUCAAACCUUCCGUAAGCGACCACCCAAAGUGCAAAGACUGACUGGUCACUUAUAGGAGUUACGUAGUCGUUUUCAGGAAUCGAACCGCAGGGGGUCUCUUCCGAGAAGAAGUCCAGCACAUCUACUUUGUGGAAGAAAUUUAUGGCAUGCCAUGUCUAAGUUAGGAUAUGUGUUGUUCCAAGUUGUCACUAGAGAUAUUCGUAUAUUCUAAGUAACAUAGUGCACACAGCGAAAAUAGAGAUCAGAGAAUGCGUCAAGUGGUCGCUUACAAGAGAUUAAAAACGAUAAAAGUCAUUAACCUCCAGGCCCAAAAAGUGGUCGCGGUCGCUUACAGGAGGUGGUCAUUUACUAGAGGUUCCAACUGUAAGGCUUUGACUGUGAAAGUUUUGGUGUUUUGGAUUGGCGGUCGCUUAUGGGAGGUGGUCGCACAUGGAGGUUCGACUGUAUUUACUUCCGUCUCAGUAGGUUCUAGUCCUCGCUCCUAAUUUUUUACUUCCGCGACGGGCUGAAUAGGUGUUCACACUACACCAAAGUAAGGCAGAAAACCAAUCCGAUAUUCAAGAGCGGCGCGGCGCAGCUUCGCCGCGUCCCAGAAAUCGCGCCACCACAAACGUUUUUGUGUGUGAACAGACAAACUAUCGGGAGAUGAUUUUUGUGGCUGCACAAAACCUAUCCAGUAUAGUGUAAACAUAGCCUAAGGCAAAAAAGUUCUUGACGACAAAGAGGGAAAUUCAUGGCUCCUUCUCUUCGCACUCCCUCUCCCUUCUAACCUCGCCGGGGAUUCUAUUAAGUGGCGGAUCCGGGGGGGCGGGGUACCGUCCCCCCUUAUCUAAGGGUCUAGAUGACCGGGCCCCCCUUAUCUCAAGGUCUGAAUCCGGCACUGCUAUUUACCUCUAGCCUGACUAGAGAUGGAGCAGUAGUUUCAUGGACUCCAAUUUCUUGUUUCUACAUUGCAGGUGUAGUCAUGGUUGGCCCAAUAGGUGUUAAAAAGCCUGGUGCCCUCCCCCCUGAUUUACAAGAAUUUCUACAGGAUACAGGGGGGCACGGGUUCAUCAUUGUGUCUUUUGGCUCGUAUGUGGAAAAAAUCAUCCCCAAAGAAAAGAUUGACAUGAUGGCUGCAGCUUUUGCAAAGUUGAAGCAGAAAGUUUUGUGGAGACAAAAAGGUAGCGUGUCUUAUAUAUAUCGUGGCCUUCUCUGGGCAACGCUUUAUCAAACGAACUACUGCUGAUGUUCAGAUGUUAUUUGAACAACAUUAAUAUUUUCGCGGUCUGUUUGCAAUUUUAAAGGCAUCUUAACUUCAAACGGAAGAACAUGUCAACACUGAAAUUUGUUUUUGUUUUUUUUUGUUUUUUUUUUUUUUUAUAAAAAUCGUCAAACAGCGCCGUCCCCCCCUUUGAUAUUAUUCAUAUUGGUUAGGAGCCGAGUAUUUGAAAUCCCGGUGUUGGUGCAAUCGUUUCUGAAUUCCCAGUACAGCCAUUACCGUGUCUCCUCUACUUUUACGAUAAAGAUCAAUAUCAUUUCUUGAAAAUGAAAGAAAAUUAAGGAAGUACCUUCCGGCCUUCCAGACGAAACGACCUUUUUGAGAAACGAAUCCCAAUAUUUCAAAGGAAACUGUGCCUUUAUAGAUAUUUACGAGAAGUAUUGUGUUUUCACUGUGGUUGAGCUUUUGAAGGAUUUCUUUCUUUAUUAUGCUACAUUUUGUUUGUAACGUGAUUUCAUAAGCUAGAGAUUGUUAAUACGUUUUAUGGCGUAACAAAGGCAUGUGAUGUCUUUCAAAAUGUGACCAAAGUUUUCAAGUUAAAUUUUGUGCGAACGUAGGUUACAGCCCUGCAUCACUCAGUACGAACAUCAAAGUAGUGGAGUGGUUACCUCAGAAUGAUCUUCUGGGUCACAAGGACAUCAAAGCGUUUGUCUCCCAUGUCGGAUUCAACAGUGUGUACGAGUCUGCUUAUCAUGGGGUCCCUGUAGUAGCAGUUCCACUGUUUGCAGAUCAGUUUUCCAAUGCCAAGAAAGUGGAACAAUUUGGCCUGGGAAUAGUUGUGGAUUAUAAAAUUGUGUAUGCAGAUCAGCUGUUUGAGGCAAUAGAACAAGUCAUCACUGAACCAAGGUAACAGAGGGUGCUUACCAUUUACCCAAAAUACCGGGGUGGAAAGCCUGUGCAUAAACAUAUAAAACUAUAGAAUUUGACGUGGUCUAUAGGGAGAACAACCCGCGAAAAAGUAUAUCCAGUUAUUGGCUCCUGGUAUAUCCAAAUCAGUUAAUCAGACUAAGAAAAGAAAAAAAAAAUUGCAUCACCUCAAAUCACAGCCCAUGGUUUUUUUCAAACGGAAUGGUGUUAACGGUAACCAUUUGAUUUUCCAAUCGAUUUUCCGGUUUUCCAAUGUAUAUGGAAAGCGCUCCAGGACUUACUGAGCUCUACUGAGCUUUGUUGGCGUAAAUUAGUGCUUUUUAUCUUCAGAGACGUUUUCUAUUUGAAAAAUCAAUUAAUUCAUAAGUGUAACAUUUACUAGCCUUCGAACAAGUUCUCCAUUUGAAGGAGUCGCGAGAAGUCACGCGAGAGCUGCACGCGAAAGGAGACGCUUCGCCGCUUGCACGCGCGCGCGUUCGCUCGCUUCGUUCGCCAUAAAUUGGAGAGCUUACUCACAGGCGACAAAUACUUUGACGAUGUGCAACUUGUGCUGUAAACUGUUGCAGAUUCAAAAGAGAAGCAACGCGAAUAUCUCGGCUGAUGCAAGACAAGCCACGGACCCCAUUAGAGACAACUUGUGAUUGGAUAGAGUAUGUACUCAGACAUGGUGGAGCUCGGCAUCUCAGAGCUCAAGUGUUUAACAUCCCUUGGUAUCAGUACUACCUACUUGACGUCAUAGCUUUCCUUGUUGUCAUAGUUACACUGGUCGUCAUGGUGAUACGAUUAACAUGCAGAUGUCUGUGCUGGUUCUGCUGUAACAAGUGUAGGGGAGCAAAAACUAAGAGGGAGUAA